GGCCGGGAGGAGGAGGAGAAGGCGGCGGCGGACCGAGUUGCUCUCUGUCAGUACCAAUUGAGCCGUUUGCUUCUUGACAAAGCCAGUGUGCUACUGUGUGCUGACGCUGUUCUAUGUAAUGGGGAUUCAGUGGUGAGCAAGACUGAAAGUACCUGUGCUUAUGGAGCUUACGUUUUGGUGGAGGAAGACAGACAAAAACCAAGGAAAUAAACAAGAUAAUUUCAGAUAGUGUGUGGUUGUGGGAAGAUGGAGGAAUAUGAGAAGUUCUGUGAGGAAAGUCUUGCCAGAAUCCAAAAGGCAUCAAUAUCCACAGAGAGCUUUCUACCUGUCCAGUCUGAAAGCAUUUCACUUAUUCGUUUCCAUGGAGUGGCUGUGCUUUCUCCACUGCUUAACAUUGAGAAAAGAAAGGAAAUGCAACAAGAAAAGCAAAAAGCACUUGAUGUAGAAGCAAGAAAGCAGAUUAAUAGGAAGAAAGCUUUACUGACUCGUGUCCAGGAGAUUCUUGAAAAUGUUCAGGUUAGAAAAGCACCUGAUGCCAGUGAUUUUGAUCAGUGGGAGACUGAAACAGUUUACUCUAAUUCAGAAGUCAGAAACUUGAAUGUUCCUGCUGCCUUUCCAAAUACCUUGCCAAGCUCUCCUGAACACUCUACUUUAGCAGAGUUUGAAAAGAUAACUGGAAUUUUGCCGUUGACUAAUGAGGACCAAUUUCAAUCUAAUGGGAUAGACUUAGCUAGGGAUUCAGAAGAAUUUAAUUCUCUGAAGCAAUGUGGUAGUUUAAAUAUUAGCCACACAGAAAAUGAAGCUUCUCUAAAGACCUCAGCAACCACACGGGAGACACUUAUUUCUGACAGUCUCUUCCCAAAAAAUGAGGAAGAGGACCCAUCACUUUUGGAAGAAGUUACUCCAGAUCCCUAUGUAAUGAGUCUUCAGAACCUGAUGAAAAAGUCAAAGGAAUAUAUAGAAAGAGAACAAUCUAGACGCAGUCUGAGAAGUAGUGCAAAGAGAAGUGUUCAUGAGAGUCAUUCAGACAAAGAAAAUGAUGCUCUUAAACUGACUGACUGUGUAAAGGAGAAGGCCCAGUUGAUGGGAAAACAUUGUAGUUCAGUGAUUCCUGACAAACCAAGCCUUAAUAAAUCAAAUGUUCUUCUCCAAGGUGCUUCCGCUCAAGCAAGCAACAUGAAUACAUCAGUUUUGGGUAGCUUUUCUAAAGCGGACAUACCUAUGGGGACUGGCCACCCCACUGUCUCAGAUCCUGAUUCUGAUUUUAAAGUCAUUCCCACUUUUGUUACUGAAAAUAAUGUUAUCAAAAGUCUUACUAGUUCAUAUGCCAAAUUACCUAGUCCAGAGCCAAGCCUGAGUCCUAAAAUGCAUCGAAGGCGUUCCAGACCAUCAUCAGCAUGUAAUAUACUUAUAAAUAACCCAGUAAAUGCCUGUGAAUUAAGUCCUAAAGGCAAAGAACAGGCAGUAGACAUAGUUGUUCAAGAUACUGAUGAAAAAAUAAAUGUACCUGAAACUGUGCCAAAGUUACCAACUGAUUUAACAGGUGUUUGUUCUAGCAAGGUUUAUGUCAGCAAAAAUACAUCUGAAGCCAUACAGGAAAUGGUUUUAGGUAAGUCAAAUCAGUUAUGUCAGUCUUCAGGAAAUCAACUGGAAAAGAAAGUUAUUUAUGGACUCGGUAUCGUGGAAGAUCAGUUAACAUCUGAUGGGAGAGGACCGCACAAAAUGGACAGUACCUGUAUCACAAUGCCAAGAUUGCAUGAGCCAUAUGCCACCAGUGUGUGUAUAGCAAGUCAAAACUUUGGAAGCAUGAGUGGACUCAAGUCAGCCAGUGCAUUAGAGAAAAGCUGCAAUUUACAAAUGGAACUGAAUAAGUCUUAUGAUGUAAAAAACCCAUCUCCUUUACUGAUGCAAAACCAGAAUACCAGACAGCAGAUGGACACCCCUACAGUGUCCUGUGGAAAUGAACAAUUUUUGGAUAACAGUUUUGAGAAAGUUAAACGGAGACUUGAUUUAGAUAUGGAUAGUUUGCAAAAAGAAAACUGCCCCUGUGUCAUAACUGGAAUAGCUGAACAAGAAAGGCAACAUUUGCCAGAAAAAAGAUACCCUAAGGGAUCUGUCUACAUCAACAAGAAUAAAAUGUUAGAAAGUAUUUCCAAAGAAGGUGAAGAGAUAUUAAAAAGCAAGAUGUUAGCUUUUGAAGAAGUGCGGAAGAGACUAGAAGAACAGCACGCUCAGCAAUUAUCACUACUCAUAGCUGAGCAGGAGAGGGAACAGGAAAGACUGCAAAAGGAAAUAGAAGAACAGGAGAAAAUGUUCAAAGAGAAGAAAGUGAUUACAGCAGAAGCUUCUGAAUUGGAUACUAACAGUGCAGUGGACUUAGAAUGGAGAAAACUAAGUGACUCUGUUCUGUUAGAAACAAUGCUGUCUCAAGUGGACUCACUCCAUACUUCAAAUUCUAAUAGUUCUGGUUUCACAAAUUCUGCCCUACAACAUAGCUUUGGUUCUGUAAAUGAAGCACCAUUCUACCUCUGGGGGUCAUCAACUAGUGGCUUGUCCAAACUCUCCGUAACAAGGCCUUUUGGAAGGGCCACAACUAAAUUGUCACAGGUUUUCAGUCCAGAAGUACAAGCAAAAUUCAGUAGAAUAACUGCUGUGGCAAAAGGAUUUCUUACUCGUAGGCUUAUGCAGACAGAUAAAUUGAAGCAACUUCGACAAACUGUAAAAGACACUAUGGAAUUCAUAAGAAGUUUUCAGUCAGAAGCACCAUUAAAGAGAGGAGUUGUUUCAGCACAGGAUGCUUCUCUUCAGGAAAGGGUGCUGGCUCAGUUGCGAGCUGCCCUGUAUGGUAUUCAUGAUAUAUUCUUUGUAAUGGAUGCAGCUGAAAGGAUGUCUAUUCUGCAUCAUGACCGAGAAGCUCGCAAAGAGAAAAUGCUCAGGCAAAUGGAUAAAAUGAAGAGUUCACGAGUGUCUCUUUCCGCUGCAACACAGAAGUCUCUGGAUAGGAAGAAGUACAUGAAAGCUGCUGAAAUGGGAAUGCCAAAUAAGAAAUUCCUGGUUAAACAAAACCCUUCUGAAACAAGAGUCCUUCAGCCAAGCCAAGGACAGAAUGCUCCUGUUCAUAGGCUACUUAGUAGACAAGGAACCCCUAAGACAUCAGUGAAGGGGGUUGUGCAAAAUAGACAGAAGUCUUCACAGAGCAGAGUGCCUAACAGAGCGCCUGUUUCAGGAGUAUAUGCAGGAAAAAUCCAAAGAAAGCGGCCAAAUGUUGCGACAAUUUAAGAAGACAACAUUCGUUAGGAUAAAAAAGAAGGAAGGGUUUUGUCCAUAUUAUUGUCCCUCCCCAAGACUUUUACUAACCCUGGACUCUGUUUAUACAGACAAAGUGAUAUCGAAGGGCUGAGUAAUUAUGUGGAUAGUAUGGUCAGUCUGGCUAAUUCCUUCCCACACCCCCACUUUCCUCUUAAUAUUAGGUUUGGGUAAGACAAAUUAGUAUUUAGUUAAUUGACUCAUCUCUAUGCUUAACCUGUACAAACAUAAGUUUGUUUUAUGUACCCAUAUGUCUGCUGAAAACCUUUUUAUAAACUUAAAAGGACAUUUGGGUUUAUUUUUAUAAAAUAUUGAAAAGGUAUGAUAAAAUAUAGGUUCUGAAAUACAAAUUUCAUUUAUCUCUGCAAACUGCUGAAUUUGAUAAGUUAGAUACUGUUCUAUUCAAGGGGAAAUUAUUGCAGAGAAGUGUUUUCCCCUGGUUUUCUAAAAACUCUCAGCCUUCAUAUUCUCAGUCUUACAGGAUAACCACAUAGACGAAAACACUUGCCUGCUGAUCAUGGUCCACCUCCCAUUUACCACAGAAGCAUCUGGGGAUCACCAUUUUGGUCAUAAGCACACAUUUCUCUCAACAGCUAGUUGUUUUACAGAAAUGUUAGGUUUAAUGUAUGUUACCCCAGUACUCUUAGAAACAUUUCUACUAUAUUAUCAAAUCUUUCUGUGGAGGGUGACAACUUUGGUGAAGACAGCACAAUCUUCCUGAAUGUAGGGGCAUGCGUUAAUAUUACAUUCAUCUCUGUAACGUAGAAUGUUGCAUGCAGCUUUAUUUUCCAUUUAGUCUGUCUGUUUUGUUUCC